UGGGUUUUAAGUAUCUGUGUAAUGCCUUACUCCUCCUCCCUAGGGAGUUACUUAAGUUCUCAUAGUAGCCCACAUAGUACUUUGCAAAUAGCAUUCAUUGGCCAAUAAAAGAUUGCAGAAUUAAAUGAGAUAGUCAUUCUGAUGGCCUAGUGCUGUAGAGUGGAUUUGUGUUCUGGGGUAGUGGGAAGAUCAUGUCAUUAUGUACCUUUUAAAAGGACAUUUGCCCUUUGCAAAUAUUUUAAAAUGUAAACAAAACGCUGGUUUAAUAGAGCAGGGAAGUUCUUAGGGUCCUGAUCUAUCUUUUAAUUAAGAAAAUUUUAUUAAGGAAUAGGAACUUGAAUUUCUGGGUUCAUGGGAAUCUUUAAAUUUGUAUUUUAAUUUUACCUUUAACUAUUCUACCAUAUAUAACUGCAGUCUUGUGUUCAAGACUGUUAGGAGCAAAAUUUUUUAAAAAAUUGUAUCCUUGUCUGGGUAUGCUUUGUGUUGUAUGAUGUUUAUAUUUGUAAAUAUGACUUGUUCUUAUCAAAAGAUUCUCACUGAAAAGUAAGAGAAACUUUGAAGCAGUGAGUUUUUCAAGUUUGCCAUAAUGACCUUUUUGAAAGAAAAGCGUUACAGUGUUUCUGCCACCUAUGUACAAAAGACAAUUUCACCUGUGUGACAGAUGGGCUCUGCUUUGUCUCUGUCACAGAGACCACAGAUAAAGUUAUACACAAUAGCAUGUGUAUAGCUGAAAUUGACCUAAUUCCACGAGACAGGCCAUUUGUAUGUGCUCCCUCUUCAAAAGCUGGAGUUACUACAACAUUUUGUUGCAAUCAAGACCACUGCAAUAAAAUUGAACUCCCAACUACUGUGAAGCCGUCACCUGGCCUUGGUCCAGUGGAGCUGGCAGCUGUCAUUGCUGGACCAGUCUGCUUUGUGUGUAUUUCACUCAUGUUGAUGGUAUAUAUCUGCCAUAACCGCACUGUCAUUCACCAUCGAGUGCCUAAUGAAGAGGAUCCUUCAUUAGAUCGACCUUUCAUUUCAGAGGGUACUACGUUAAAAGACUUAAUUUAUGAUAUGACAACAUCAGGAUCUGGAUCAGGUCUACCACUGCUUGUUCAGAGAACAAUUGCAAGAACAAUAGUAUUACAAGAAAGUAUUGGCAAAGGUCGAUUUGGAGAAGUUUGGCGAGGAAAGUGGCGGGGAGAAGAAGUUGCUGUGAAGAUAUUCUCUUCUAGAGAAGAGCGUUCCUGGUUCCGUGAGGCAGAGAUUUAUCAGACUGUAAUGCUACGCCAUGAAAACAUCCUGGGGUUUAUAGCUGCAGACAAUAAAGACAAUGGUACAUGGACUCAGCUCUGGUUGGUGUCAGAUUAUCAUGAGCAUGGCUCCCUCUUUGAUUACUUGAACAGAUACACAGUUACUGUGGAAGGAAUGAUCAAACUCGCUUUGUCCACAGCAAGUGGUCUUGCCCAUCUUCACAUGGAGAUUGUUGGUACCCAAGGAAAACCUGCCAUUGCUCAUAGAGAUUUGAAAUCAAAGAAUAUCUUGGUGAAGAAGAAUGGAACCUGCUGUAUUGCAGACUUAGGACUGGCAGUAAGGCAUGAUUCGGCUACGGAUACAAUUGAUAUAGCUCCAAACCACAGAGUAGGAACAAAAAGGUACAUGGCUCCUGAAGUUCUAGAUGAUUCCAUAAAUAUGAAACAUUUUGAAUCCUUCAAACGUGCUGACAUCUAUGCAAUGGGCUUAGUAUUCUGGGAAAUUGCACGACGAUGUUCCAUUGGUGGAAUUCAUGAAGAUUAUCAACUGCCUUAUUAUGAUCUUGUACCUUCUGAUCCAUCCGUUGAAGAAAUGAGAAAAGUGGUUUGUGAACAGAAGUUAAGACCAAAUAUUCCUAACAGAUGGCAGAGCUGUGAAGCCUUGAGAGUGAUGGCUAAGAUUAUGAGAGAAUGUUGGUAUGCCAAUGGAGCAGCUAGGCUGACUGCUUUGCGGAUUAAGAAAACUUUGUCACAACUCAGUCAACAGGAAGGCAUCAAAAUGUAAUUCUGCAGCUUUGCUGGAUCUCUACUGUUUCUUCAGAUCUGCUCCUGGGUUCUCAUUUGGGAGGUCAAUUGUUCUACCUCACUGAGAGAGAACAGAAGAUACCGCUUCCUUUUGCAGCAGUGUAAUAAGGUCAACGGAAAACUUCCCAGGAUUUUCUUUGGAACCAGGAACAGCCAUGUGGGUCUUUUCUGUGCACUAUCAAGGCUUCUUUCCCAGGAAAGUUUCAAAAUAUUGUGUAGUCUACCUUUAGUUUUUAUUAAAACUUGUUUUUUUUUAAAAGAUGAUGCUGGUCUUAACUUUGGGUAACUCUACUUUGUUGAAGAUCAUCUUUAAGGGGAAAGGAUCUGGAUUGUUGAGUUACAUAAAACAUUUCUUAUUUUUCAAGAAAAUUAUUUACUCCUGGUUAGUACAUUCUCAGAGGAUUCUGAACCACUAAAGAGUUUCCUUGAUUCAGACUUUGAAUGUAAUCUUUCUAUGGUUUUUCAGGAUCUUAAAACUAACACUUACAAAACUUGUAUUUUGAGUCUAAAAAUGACCUCAUAAUAGUGAGGAACAUAAUUUAUGCAAUUGUAUUUUGUAUACUAUUACUGUUCUUUCACAUAUUCAGAGCAUUACAUGCCUUCAAAAUGGGAUUGUACUACACCAGUAAGUGCCACUUCUUUGUCUUUCUAAUGGAAAUGCUUAAAGUCUCUGUGUUAAAUACUUUAUUGUUUGAAUUCAAAAAAUUAUUUAUCGGGGUAACACAAACCGUUUCUGUUGUUUUUAGAAGGUUUUUUAUGGUAUGUUGUUCAGUAUUCCAUUUUGAAAAUGCCUUUUUCCUACCGAAAUGUGCUUGAACCACUAAAGAAAUGCAGUGGCAUUAAUAAGUAAAUGGUCCUGUUGGAAUAUUCUCACAUUGAGCUUUUUAGUUUGCUUGUGUUGUCUGAAUAACUUUAAAAAGUCACGUGGCACUCUAGAUGCUUAUAGCGCUCUAGUAACUGUUCCUUUAGAGCAUACAGACUGCUUUCUAUAUGGGAAGUUUGUCUAGCUGAUUGUGAAAAGUUGUGUGGUAUUCUGUAAGCCAUUUGUUUUCUUUAUCUGAUCAAAGACAGUGUUAUUUUUUUAAGGAAUUAAUUACAUUGAAGAUUAGGAUAUGGGUAAUGUUAAAUACUAGGCCUUUUUCUAGGCAGACAGAGAUAGUUAAGUUGAAUAGAUGUGCUUGAUGGUCACAUAGUCACACUUGUUACUUAGUGUGUUUGAUGGAUUCUCUGUAAGAUUAGAAAGUGAGGAAAGCAGCUUUUAAUUCAGUCUUUUAUCUUGAUGUUGCAACUACUUGAUUUACAUUUUUACAUAAUCAAUUCAGUGUACCCUUGAUAAUAGGAGGGGUAGUAGCUAAAGGACAUUCUGAGUAGUGGUUCUACACUUUCAAGAAUGUUUUUUAAUUGAAAAUACAUGUUCAAAGUAAACAUGGUUUUUUUCACAUGAAGUUGAGACUGGUUUUUACUUCCAGUUCUGUAAAGCGUUUACAGGGCUUUUACAGUUUUCGAAGGCUUUUUUUUUUAAAUAUCACUGUGAUCUCAUUCAGAAGGGGAAAACUAGCUGUGAGAUCAGGCUUUGACUUCUGUGCUGUCAGUUCCCCACAGAGGGGUUAGAAAAAACUUUUUUUUAAAAAAUCAUAAUUUGGGCCAGGAAAAGAUUGUGAAUACCUGAAUAAGGUACAUUCUGAUAAUGUCUUAUCUCUUAUGCAUAGAAUAAAUUUGGUCUUAAAACCAAAACAGUUUUUGAGUGAAUGACAUAUUACAUAGGAAUUUAGUGUCAAGAACAUAAUGGGAAAAUGUGCUUAGAAGUCAAUAUUUUGAGUACAAAUUUGAGUUUCCUCUGUCAUUACCAUGAUUUCAUUGGAGUUAAUAAGUUUGAGAGGUUUGUUUUUCAUAGUUUUUUUUUAUACUACCUGUUUAAUAAGCUCUAGUUCUAUGAUCAGGUACUGUUUUGGGGUGUUUUGUUUGCUAUUUCUAAGCCUUUAAGACCUGCUUUAUGAAACCCAGGGGACCAAUGCAUUUUAUCACUAAAACUAUUUUUAUAUAAUUUUAAGAACAUACCAAAAGUUGUCUGAUUUAAAGUUGUAAUACAUGAUUUCUCACUUUCGUAUGGGGUAAUUAACUUUUGCUAAAGAUAUUCCUUAUUACAUCAAAGAUUGAGUUGCAGUUAUACUGUUCUUGCCUUUGUGGAUAAAUGUACUUUUGGUGAAUCAGGGAUUUUUUUUAAAUUAAUUUACUUCUAAAUUGAGUUUACAUGUUACUAUGCUAAUUUCCUUUUUUGGUAGAGACAGCUGGAUGAGUCUCAAUUGACUAAUAUUAAAAAUGAAGUUAACUUUAAAAAUGACAUAGACCAUUGACUGUGGUCAUAACAGAAGAUAAAUUUGACUUAAGUAGUACUUCAGUCCUGCAAAAACAAAACCCUUGUUUAUACUGCCUAUCUAAAAAUGCUCAAUUUCCGAGAUUUAACAUGACUAAGAUGUAUCUUCUGGCAAAUUAACCUACUUAUGGCCUCUUGUCAAUACUCCAAAAGGAGUGAGAGGAGAAGAAGUAUGAUUUCCUGGAGUGUGGACGUCCCUGGUUCUUCCUGCAUAUUUUCAGCUCUGUUUCUCCCAGUCUGCCUUUUUGCUUGCCCCUGCCUGAGAGACCCUUUUCCAACCUCAGCCUUUUGACCGAAGAGUUGCUUUUGAGUAUUAGGAGUAAAAAUGGUUGAUGGAAAUUGUGGGACAUGCUUUCAUUUCCUUCAGUUGUUGGAUGUGCUAGUUAGUGGUCUCCAGGUCUGAACAGUAAGUGGAAGAGGCCUGGGAUGCUCUUGCCAAUUGCUUUGCUUUGACUCUUUGCCAUGGAUAAGAAAAAAAUGGGGUUACUGCAAGGUGGCAGCUGUGGCAUUGAGAGUUGUGACAGAAGCAAAGGCCUCUUGUGCUCCCUUGAAGGCCUGCCAAGUGUGAAGAGCUGAGCUUAUAAUUCUGCUGUAAUGAUAGUGCUCAAGAAGUGCCUUGAGUUGAUGAACAGUGCCCCGUCCACCAAGAAUCCCCUGUUUCAGUUCUCACUGCAAAAUGUAAGUGGUGACCUGACCAUUUACAGUCCACACAUGGGGGACUUUUCUUUCUCUGAGAACUGUCAGAUACUGACUAUUUUGUAAAGUAAAAUGCUAAUAAAUGUGCACAACAAAAUCUGUAUCCCUCUAGACAUAUCAAAAAUUUAUUUUCCAUGCACUGAAGUAAUGAUUGUAAGUCAAUGGUUUAUUUUGUUUCGUGAUGUGGCAGUGUUCUGACUACAAGGCAUAGAGAUCCCAAGUGCUGUAGAAAAUACUAAACUAUUUAGAUUUUGAAGAGUAUCUCUAGGUGUGUACUGCAGUUUAGUAAGUCUAAUUUGGAUGCUGGAGUACCAAGGGCUCUCUUUCUAGGAAUGCUAUGAGGAUUAUUACUAUGUUACUUUUUGUCCUGUUAUGUAAUCUUAUUUGUAAACAAACUUGAAAAAAUAUGGUUAAUAACAUUCAACCCUCUUCUUAACACUUAAAAAACUUCAGUGAAUUUGUUUUUAUUUUUUUGAUAAAUUUGUCAAUUGACUAUCACGCACCGUGUUUUGAUAUCCUCCUUUUCACGUUGUGCCAAUGGAAUGGGUAUUUAAUAUUUCUUUAUAUGUCAAGGAGAUGCUUCAAAAUGUCAAUUGCUUUAAACUUAAAUUACCUCUAAGAGACCAAGGUACAUUUACCUCAUUGUGUAUAUAAUGUUUAAUAUUUGUCAGAGCAUUCUCCAGGUUUGCAGUUUUAUUUCUAUAAAGUAUGAGUGUUAUUUUGCAAAAUUACUGAACGGUACUGUAUUGUUUAUAUUUUUACCCCAAAUAACAUCAUCUAUACUGUUUUUUAUUGUAUGUGUGCAAAUUUUUUUGCAUUUCUCAGUGUAAGCUUUGCCCUUUAAGAUAUGUACAGAACACGUCCCUAUAAAUUUUCAUUUAAGUUGAAUGAUUUUCAGACGCCUGUAAAAGAGAGAAAACAUAAACUGCACUUCCCCAUAAGUCUUUAAAAACUAUAUAUUGUAUUUGUAGUAAUAUUCCAAAUGAAUUGUAAAUAGGAGAUAGAAGAGUAAUGCUUAUGUUAAGUUCUUAACACUUCAGUAGAAAAAUGGAAACAGUGCAAAUAAAUUCCUUUUUUCCCAA